UUGAUCAGGCAACUACACAAGUCACUGUGGUUGGAGGUUCUCACACGCAGAGAUACAACGUCUUCAAACACCAGUAGCGUUUGAAGGGUAUGAACGCGUCAUGCUGCAUCUGGUGAUUCUCCGUGUCAUCGUUCCUCUUCAUUUUCUGUUUUUUUCGUUCUUCCUUUCGGGCUGAGAGACGCACACCGGCGAGCUGCACACGCACUGCGGCUGGUGUCAUGACAUGAAGCGGAACGAGCGAGACGGCACGGGAACCGAAAAGAAAUGGCUGUGAAGUGACGUGGAAGAACAAAAACGCUCUCUUUCUUCUUUUCCACCAGUACGAGGCGCACAUGAGCCGACGGUGAUUGGUGAAAUCGGGCAGUCAAACUCGUCUGGAACUUCAGUGUUCGGGCGCCACUGUCCGGUCCUUUUUUCGUACGGGCGCGGUUGACGCAGUGGUCGAUUCACAAGAGCGGAGGCGAUUCCGGUCACUGAGCCAGCGGCACUGGUUUAGCUCGCUGAACACAAAGGGAAAUGGUAGAGUGGAAUGAUACUGUUAGGAAAACCAGGAAAUGCGGCUAAUGGCAAGGCUGACAGCUCUGCAUCGACAAGCCAGUACAGGAGAGGAGGUUUGCAAGCGAGCGGGAGCUCGUCCCAGGUGGGGGUCGCCACGUGGGUACCAGCAGAGAUGGUUACUCUUCUGUCUGCCCAGCGAAGACAAGGCGAAAUAGAUAGAUGUCUCACGACAAAGGUGUACACCACAGUAUAUUUCUCUCCUCCCGACUUGUUUCCUUCACAACUGGAAUGCUUUGCAUUUCAGUAGGUGUUUUCGAUACUCAUACGCGGCUACUACUUUGUGUGGAAGAUGGUGCGACGGUCUUCGCUCUUUGACAAGUCCAGGGCAGCGGUUGGGCUGGUGGCGGGAGUUCUUCUCUUCGCGGGUCCAAGUCAACUUUGGAAUGGUCUGGUAGAUGCGGCCGGACCGACCCCUAGGUGCUCCCAAAGUGGAAAGAUUACCCACUGUGUCUGUGAGAAGGCGGCGCAGGACUCAGAGGUCACCCGAGUGACCGAAGCGGUGACCCCGACCGUAUCUCUGUCAGAGGAAAGCAAUGGAAUCACCAUCCAGUGUGAUCCAGCCAAAUUUACCUUUGUGCCCUCCACUGAAACGGACGUAUGCGUCUGGAAAGACUCCCAAAAUACUCUGGCCGUUUGUAACCAGGACACCACGAAAACUUCCAUUAAAACCUUUCUUAACCUGGACACCGACGACCUUCCCAAGUGGACGACAUCCAGCAAUGACGGCAGGCACUCCCUUCUCUUUUCCGAACAUGCUUUACCUCUAACUGAAAAGAGAUUCUACGCUGGAUGUAUAAGCACAGGAAGCGGCGAGCGAACGCAGCAGGAGGAGUGCCUGGUGACAGUCAGCGUGAAGGCGAGGACAUCGUCAGUCAAAGAUGGUGUCCUCACUUGCGCCUAUGGAGCAGAGAGCAACAAGUCUGUUCCAGAAGUCAGACUCAAUUCGGCGAACAACUCGCUCACCAUCGUGUGCGGCAAUGAGGGGACGAUGCAGCCGACCAAGGAAUCUCUAACGGCCUACCAGUGCAGCGGCGCCGAGAACGAAGGCUGUAAAACUGUGAAGCUCACUGAAGUUAUGCCCAGAUUCACAUCGAGCUGGUGGGCAGAGGAUGAAAAGAACAAGAACGCACCCAAACUGGUGAUUCCCGAAGGCGGGUUCCCAGAUCAGGAAGAAACGAUUCUGCUGGGAUGCACACAAAACAGCCAAACAGCUGCGAAGGAAGCCGAAAGUGGUACAACCCCAGCUGUGGAGCUGCCCAAGUGCAAAGUGAAGGUGACUCUCAGUGCGCACUCCUCUGCCUCACAAGCAUCGAACGUUUCCUUCCUUGGAUUGCUUGGUUUGGCACUCACGCCUCUUGUCUUUCUUGGCACAUAUUGAUCUUAGUUCUAACAUGUUCUGAGUGCUGAAGUUUCUUACGGGUUUCCUGCAGUAAUCGCUUCCAAUGUGUGAUGUUUGUGUGGAAUUCCUGUGAAUUCUGUUUGGGAAGUUGUUGGCAGUCCCCCGCCGAUCCAGUAUUUGAGCGCGGGUGGAAACUCUUCCUUGGCAUUACAACCGAAGACAGGUUUGUCCGUGGAAUUGGAAAGACCAUUGUUUACCUCAAAUGGUGCAUUUCCUUGCUAGAACAACCACAGUCUGCCAGGGCAGUGUAAUUGCAUUAGGG